CAGGUGAGCUCUCUCCUACCAUCUUUCUUUCCUCUCUCCCUGCUGAGAGAGAAACACCACAGCUGGUCAAAUUACAAAUAAUUUCAGCAGGAGGAGAUCCGAUUUCUUCUGGACAGGAGCCAACCUUCCUUACAGAGCUGAUCUAAGGAGGAAGUAACUGGAGUGGGGAUAACUGUGGGAUCUGUGAUUGUUUUGCUUCGGUGUUGCCAUAUGGAAUAUAAAGAGCUGGCUGUUCAGUGAGCACCGGAGGCCACAGGUGUUUCGUUCCCUUAGACAUCCCAGUGGGAAAUGGAAGUAAGGUUCAAAGACCACGUGAAACCUGGUAUGGAGGAGCUAACAAUAUGGGAGCAACAUACAAUAACACUGAUCAAAGACCCCAAAGUGGGGUUUGGCUUUGCCAUUUCAGGAGGCAAGGACAAGCCUCACCCAGACAAUGGGGAUACAGCUGUGGUGGUGUCAGAUGUGCUGCCAAAUGGACCAGCCAUAGGACGACUGUUCAACAAAGACCAAAUUGUCAUGGUCAAUGGAGUGUCUAUGGAGAACGUGUACUCUAACUACACCAUUCAGACCCUCAAAUCAUGUGGCAAGACUGCAAAUGUAACAGUGAAACGCCCUCGCAAGAUCCAGAUCCCAGCCACCACCAGACCGUCUCGAGCCGUCUCCCAGUCCAACCUGCUGGACCAGGACCCUCCCAGACGAGCACGACGCUACUCUGACGGCAGCGACAAUCGAGACGGCAACCGCUACCGCGCCCGAAGCCCCUCGCCCGACCGCAACGGGCAUGGGAACACACUACCAUUGAUGUCGUCGGGGUACAAGAGGCUGCCAGCUCAGGAUGUUGCAGAGAAACCCAUCAGAACUACACUGCUUAAAAAGAAAGUCACAGACGAGUAUGGAUUGAAACUAGGCAGUCAGAUCUUCAUCAAGCACAUGACAGAAACCGGCCUGGCUGCAAAGGAAGGAACCCUGCAGGAGGGAGACCUCAUCCUUAAGAUCAAUGGCAUGACGACGGAGAAUCUAUCCCUGCUGGAGACCAAGCACCUGGUGGAGAAGAGCAGGGGCAAACUGACCAUGACGGUCCUCAGGGACAACCGCAAGUUCCUGGUCAGCAUCCCAGAGGUGGAGGACAGUCCCCCCAACAGUGAGGACGACCGCCGCCAAGACAGCAGCACUGAACUGGAAGAUAUUUCAGACCUUGACGAAGACUCCCCCACUCACAGAACGUCUCGUCAACCCACCAGAGAGAAACGGACACGCAGAACGAGAGCUGAAGCUCCUCCAGCCAAGUCUCGGGAUUCAUCACCACUUCACUCCACCUUGAGCCGGCCUCCCGUUAAAACCUAUGCACCUCGCAGAGCUCCAUCAGAGUCUGACUCGGAUCGCAGUGCCUCUCCUCCUAUCAGGAAAGGCAGUCCGGACAUUAGGGAUCGCUCCAGCAAACAGAAAACUAUGUCUGGUAUGUCCAUCCUCCCCAACCCCCGGUCCUCUCCUGUAGUCCCCAACUGGAGCGCCUCUCGCAGCACCUCUUCAGUCUCACAGCCUCGCAGGCCAGUGUCGGAGUCUGACUCUGACCACAGCUCUCCACCACGUAGACAGAGCCCCCGCCCAGACAGCAGAUACAAAGUUCUUCCUGAUCUGCCUUUCACUAGCCUGAGACCCGCCCCCAUUAAUGUUCGCCAAGAGCCCCCAAGGAGGGUCAACUCUCCUGUCAGAGUCCUGCCCCCAGACUCUGAUUCUGAGUCGGAUGUCAGCCUGGCGCCUCCUCAGAGGCAGAGCACCACGUACAGUCAGGACUCCCUCAGCAGAUACAGGUACAGAUGAAGGUCCAUCCAACCUCCAAACCCCCCACCCCCAACCCCCCCCCCAACAAAAAAGAUCUCAGGGAAGGGGACAGGGCAACUCGCCUGGUCAGAGUCUGAAUCAGAGGCCAGUUAUACAUCUGUCCCUCGCAGGGAUUCUACAGGGAGCACAAACUCUAACUCGGCUAACAACCGAUACAGGGAAGGGGGGCGAGCUUUUGGGGGCAACGAUUUGGCAUUUUUAGGGGGAUUCAGCCAAACACCCUGCUACUUUCAAGAAGGAGGAGACCAGAUCAUGCAGGUAAAUCAAGUUGAUUUCGGUCAUUUCACACGAGAAGAGGCAGCCAACUUCCUACUGAACAUCAAGACAGGAGAGCGGGUUGAAAUCUGCACUCAGAACAAGAUGGACAUUUAUAGGAAGAUCACCAAAUCCAACCUGGCAGACAACUUCUACAUUCGCACCCACUUUGACCAUGAGGCAGAAGGCCCCAUUGGGCUGAGCUUCACCAGAGGAGAGGUGUUCAGGGUGGUGGACACAAUGCACCGUGGGAAGUUGGGCAGCUGGCUGGCCAGCCGCAUGGGGAACGACCUGCACGAGAUGGAGAAAGGCACCAUCCCCAACCUGACCAGGGCAGAGACAUUGGCCAGCAUAGAGCAAGCACAGCGGGUGAGCGGAGAGAAGCAGGUGGCAGGGCCGAGAGCUGAAUUCUGGAAACUACGAGGACUCAGAGGGAACAAAAAGAAUGAAAAGAACGUCCGCCGGACUCGUGAGGACCUGCUGCAGCUCACUAUCCAGGGCAAAUUCCCAGCCUACGAGAGAGUCCUGCUCAGAGAAGCUAAUUUCAAACGACCCAUUGUCUUGAUGGGUCCUCUUAAUGAUAUCGCCAUGGAGAAGCUGGUCAAAGAGAUGCCUGAUGAAUACGAAGUGGCAGACAUGGUUCCUCGCAGUGGAGGAGAAGACGGCAGCGCCACAGUUAUUAAACUGGACACAGUGAGGAGAAUAGCAGAGAAGGACAAGCACCCUCUUCUGGACAUCACUCCCACUGCAGUGGAAAGGCUGAACUACAUCCAGUACCACCCAAUGGUACUGUUCCUGGACCCUCGCAGCCGCAAGGACGUCAAGGCCAUGAGGCAGAAGUACAGCCCCAACUCCAACAAGAGCUCCAGACGCCUCUACACGCAGGCCCUUAAGCUGAAGAAAAACUGCAGCCACCUUUUCUCAGCACGUAUUGACCUGCAGUCCAACUCCACUGUUUGGUAUGAGACUCUAAAAGAUAAGAUCCGCCACCAACAGUUAAAACCUGUCUGGGUGUCUGAAGUGACGUUGGAGAGUGGUACUGAACAGGACUUGGAUGCACUGGACCAAACCCAGUCCGACUACCUGAGUGCUGCCAGCGACCUGGAGGACACGGAUGGAGAGCCCUUCACCGACGGAGACGCCUACACCGAUGAGGAGCUGGAGGAGGGUUACCACGGUCAGAACACAAACACGCUCCCCAAAGGCUCCAGGGUAGCUGGAGCUGCUUUAGCCCGAUCAUCGGAGCCCGCCUACGGGGACCACAGCCCCACCGGGGACCCCGAGCUUCACGACGACACGAACUCGCUGAGAGAAAUCCCACCGUUGAUGCACGUACCCGAGCCCAGGACAACCCGCCUGGAGAGUUACAGCCCACCUCACAGCGCUGCCGAGGAGGAGGACCACUCUCAGCGCAGUUUUACAGACUCAGAUUUCAGUGCGCUCGAUGUGGUUGAACCCACCACUCCAUCGGAAGGACCCCCCGAUUUUAAAGCCCCCGACCCCUAUACUCGGUACUCUGUAAAAAAGCCCACAGAGUUGCAGCCUGAGAGCACACAACAUGCCAGCCUGUCCGCUAUCGAGGAGAAAUUACAACAGACUCGCUCUGCAGAGCCACAGGCACAAGCUGAAGAGAAGAAGGGCCCUCAGUUCAUCGUGCUAGCACACCAUCACCAAGCCGUCCAGUUCCGACGCACACAGAUCCGAGGCAGCGAUAGCUCUGAAGAUGACGAGGGCGAGGCGGAUGACUUUGAAUGGGGUCCUGCAACAGAACUCUAGAGUUUGAAUGGAGGAUUACAGAUGGAGUCUGCUAAUCAAACAAGGAAAUGGAAACUACUUCAUUCACACAAGAAACUCUUUGGGAUCCUUUUGUACAUUUUUUCCGAAAAUGUACACUAAGGCCCUUGUUUAGGUGUGUAAUAUUGGCGAUUUCUACAAAUUUGACAUUACUAGAGGUUUUACAUCUAAAGAAAGGUUCUCACAACAAUGUUGAGAACAAAGUGCCUUAUUUUUAUUUCAAUAACUCCAUGUCAAACAAAUCAAUUUGCCCCAGU